AUGCGUUUUAUCAAGGCGUUUCCGUUAGCCGUUUCGCUUUUUGCUCCCUAUACGGUGGCAGAAAUGCGGCUAAACGUGACGGCGAUCGGUGCACAAAAUGGCGCUUCCACGAUUGAAUGUUGGGAAGUGGAUUCGCCCAUCGACGCUGAGGGCAAUUUGAAUUUGGGGAACUCCGAAGGGCCGUACAAUAUACCAUAUAAUUUGUGGCUGUUCCUGUUAAAAGGAAUGUUUUAUUUUACCUUUUCCGGUAACGAUUCGACGGACGCCUACCUGACGGCUGGGGAAUUCGGUCUUUUAUUCGCGGCAGAUACGGCAGACGUAAGCGUUACCGGCCAUGUUAGCGCGUCAUUGGGCAAUACCGAAACUGUUUUUGCGCGGAUGGCGACGGAGGGUGGAGGGCUUCCCAAUCAUAGGAGAGUGCAUAUGGGCGCAUGCAAUGCAAUUGAAAUGGCAGGUUGGAGGAAGCUGGGCUGGAAUAAGGACAAGACCUGGAGAGUGGCAGGUCAAAGAUUGCUGGAUUUAGUGCCGCAAGGCGUUCGUGUCAAGUUUGUCAGCUCCUAUGGUCCCAGAAUUUGGCCAGGCCAAGAAUUUGACUAUAUUGUAAGGUUUGGUCGCAAUUCUACCCUGCGUGUUUGCCAUAAAGCGGAGUUUUCGCGCCUAAAAUAA